GCACCCAUUCGCCUGCCACUAGUUUGUUUAGAAUCUAAGGCAUGCUGUAUAAAACUCCCGCUAGCAGAUUUAAAAAAGGAAGCGAACGUUAAACAAGCAGAUUUUCUAUUACCUUCUCUCAUCCAACAUUCAUGGAAGCAGGCCGCUUCACAUUUCUCCACGCAUUGAUCUAGUUCUUUCCUCGACUCGAAACCGCAACCUCGAAGAUUUGAUGUUCGUGUUUUCCUCCGGUCGCCAUUGAAAGCAGUUCUUAAAUGCAGUUCAGCUCCAAUAUCAGAAUUCCGAAACCAUUAAUCUGAAAGAGCUCUAAAUUUUCUGGCUAAGGAGGUAACCUGUUGCAUUACUUGCAUACAGAGGCAGCCACAGCUGUUAAUAACCGCCAAAGUAUCUGCGCCUAAGUAAUGUUAUUCAUGGUAAAGGGGAAAUAGAGAUUGAAAGAAUGGUAUGUUGGUAUGCUGAAGAGAAGUCUGUCAUCUGUUCACUAAACCAUUUUACAUCAACCAAUAAGUUCAAUGAGAUCAAGAAAUUCCAUGGCCAACUACUUCGAAAGGGAUUUCUUUUUAGUUCCCUUGACGUUCUUACUAAACUUAUGUAUUCAUGUAUAACUGUGGCGUCCAACAAAAAUACACUUCAAAGUUUAACCAGCUUCAUCUCUUCCAUAAGAUCUCAAAAUCCAUUACCCUUAAACAUAUUACUUGCUGAAUUUAAUCGAAAUGGAUUCUUUUCUUUGGCUCUUAGGACACUCUCUUUGAUGCAUAUCCAUGGUGUUCCUCUGGAUUCUUAUGCCCUAUGCAGUGCUUUAACUGCUGCUUCAAGUGCCAACACUUUUAAUUUUGGUAAGCAGAUGCAUACCUAUAUAGUGAAGGCAGGUUGGUCCGGAAGUGUAUUUGCGGGUAGUGCUGUUGUUGGUUUGUAUUCUAGAUCACUACUCAUCGAUGAUGCAGAAAUAGCAUUUCAUGAAAUUCCAAUGAAAAAUUCCGUUUGCGCGAAUGCCCUUUUAGCAGGUUAUGGUGAGGCCAAGCUUUGGAUUAAGGGAAUUGAGCUGUUAAGAAAGAUGCCUUUGCUGAAUCUGAAUUAUGAUCCCUUCACUUUGACGGCAGCUUUAUGUGCAUGUGCAGGGCUGUCUGCUAUUGGCCUUGGUAAGCAAGUGCAUGCCUAUGUGCUCCGGACAAAUUCUGGCUUAGAAACUGAUGUGGUCUUCUUAAGUUCAUUAAUUGAAAUGUAUGGGAGAUGUGGGUUAGUAAGCAAGGCUCUACAAGUUUUUAACUUAUCCGGACUUGAAUUUGGUGAAAAGAAAAAGAGGGACAUUGUUCUGUGGACUUCAAUGUUAGGGUCGUAUGGCAGAAGUGGGCAUUAUAUAGAAGUAGUUCAGUUGUAUCGGGACAUGUUGGUUGAAGGAGUGAGGCCUGACAAGGUAGCCUUUGUGGCUGUUAUAUCAGCUUGUGCUCACACUGGCGAAGUUGAUCUUGGUCUAUCUUAUUUUGAGUCCAUGAUCCGUGACUUUAGGCUAGAUCCUGGCACUGAGCACUUCAGUUGUAUAGUUGACUUGCUUUGCAAGGCUGGUGAGUUGGAGAAGGCUUGGAAGCUAGUGAAUCAGAUGACUGGAAAAGGGCUUGGCAUUUCUGUCUCAUUAUGGGGAGCGCUUCUUAAUGCUUGCAAGGAUCGUGGUAAUGUUAAUUUGGCAAGGAUGGCUGCUAAGAAGGCUCUUGAAUUGGAUCCUCAAAAUGCUGGGGUUCUUGCUUUAUUGUCAAACUUGUAUGCUAAGUUCGACAUGUGGGACGAGAUUGAACAAUUAAGUAAUUUGAUGAAAGAACAGGGGAUAAAGAAAGCUGCUGGAUGUAGUUGGAUAGAGAUGCACAUGUUAUGAACGUUAUCAAGAUGGAAUCCUGCUGUUUAAGAGUAUAUCACUUGAUUGAUUUCUUAUUCCCAGAGCAAUCAGGUGCUUUAGUUGCAAUUGUUGCUUGAAUGAAGAAAAAUCCAAAAGUAAGCAUCCUAACUCUUAAGUUACAUUAGGUCUCAGUUGAUCACCCAGUGAUGCGUUUUCUCUCUACGUAUUUGGUGAAACAUUCGGAUCUCUUAUCAUGCUAUGGCUCUAGUUAGGGUCAUCGAAAAAUGAGAGGUGUUGCGCAAUAUUUAAUCAUCUCAUUCAGUAACUUUGUCAGAGGAGGUGAGUACUGAAACUUGCAGCAGCUUAUACCAGGUCAGCUUAUCAGCUGCAUUUUCUAGUACAUAGUUACAACUUACAAGUGCUGUUUAAUUCUUGUUCAGCUAUCUUCAAACCUUUGUGUAACAUAGGGGCUUCCCUCCAAUCAGGGAUAUCUAUUCGGCUAAUUCACCCAUCCUGAAUUUAACAGAAUAAAAACUUGCAAUCAAGAUUUUAACAAUGUGGGUGACAUUAUAUUAUUCAUUGUUUGGGUGUGCUCCAUUGGUGCACCUUGGUUCGUUGGAUGUUUUUAUCAGUAGUCAUGUGAUACAUUUGAAAGGUUUUAACUAGAAAAUGUGAUGUCCUUAGUGUAUCUAGUCUUUUACAAAUUGGACACUUCAAGAUCGGGCCUUGUUCUCCACAGGAGCCAGGAUUAAAGACUAAAGUACACUAAAUAUUUACUACACAACAUAAAGUGAAGGUCAAACUCAAACUUUAAUGUGUGGUACUGUUGAUACUUGAUAGAGUAGAUAAUAGUGCUUUGAUAAAUUGCUAAGAACCACUGAUAUAACAUGUGCAAACAGGUUAGUGUACAACUUAGAAACAUGCAAUUUACUCUAUUGGAUGCUGUUGCUUGGAUUUAGGAGUAGGAUAACGUGUGGCUAAGAGCCCGAGACACUUUUGUCUGUGGAUACUCAUAGAAUAAUUUGAAUAAUCAAAGAACCUUUCCCUAGUAAUGGAUAUGUUUGGGACCUGAUGUUGAGUGUCCAGAUCUAUUGAAUAUUUGAACAGUACAUCUGUUUUUAUUUAUACUGGUUACAGGUCUAAUGCAGAAUUGCAGAUGCUAUGGUGUAAUAUGGAUGCAUACUGCUGGAUGGAAAAAAGCUAUUGUAUUAUUUUUGUCUAUACAUUUUUCUGAUAUGAAACAAACUCUAGUCGAAUCACUGUGGAAGCUCAUAUUUCCAAACUAAAAGAGAGCUGAGUCUAUCAGCAACAAGAACAGCCUCAACCACCACGUAGAGAUUAGGAGAUUUUAACCUCCAAUGUCAUCAUCUUUGCAUGUGCUUAUGGUUUUGCAGACGUGAUCUUGUCAUUCAUCUGGAAUUGACUAUUAACAGUUUUCGGCGUUGUUUACUAUCAUCAAUGUGGAGGACCAGCAAGCUAAGAAGCAAAAAACUAGUUGUGAUUAGCUGGUCCCUCUCUUUCCUUCCUUCACUCACAGUCUUAAGUUUUAAUUAUCUUCCCCCUUUUAAUGUUAAACCACAAAUAUUGUCUUCCUUGCUGUUUUAGACUCUCCUCAACCUCUUCCUUAGAAGAAUAUCUUCCUGUCCAAAUCUCCUCCUCAAAUAGGUCAGUAUCCCAUUAUUUAUGUCAUUAAAUGCUUGUCUACCUUUAUUUUUCAAGUCAUUUUUAUUCAAUUAUGGCUUAUGCCAUAUUGUCCCCUUUUCCAACUCUAUUGUGACUUCAAAUUGCCUGGAUUUUUUUGGUAACAUCAGUACACAAGAAGGUUCAAUGCAUAUUUAUUUUUAUUUUACAACAUGACCUGUGUUUGUUCAUGA